UGCUCUCACACGGCAAUCCCAUCUCUCUCUCUCUCUCUCCUGUCUGUCUCUCGCCUGGCGCGUCCAUGGAUUUCGAUUUCGGCUUCCCGGCUACACCUCUUAUCUACUGGCGUCCCUUUCUCUCUUCCCCUCUCCCUCUCUCCAUCUCUUUCUUCCUAAACUUCGCUUCCUCUCUCUUCCUACUUUUUCCAUCGCGCCCACUUUCUCGGGAACAAGAAAAGAUCAAUGAUUGGAAGAGAGAGAAAAGUUAUCCCACCGCCACACCUCUCCUCACGCUCGACUCUCCUAUCCUCAAACGCCACCGGAGAAAGGAAAGGGACAAAGGGUCGCCCUCAAAUCGACUCCGCGACGACCUGCUCUCAUCAAUUUCGCUUCUUGACUCCAUUCCUGAGGACCCAAAACUUCUCUGAGCUUUAGGACGCCCAUUUGAUUCUCCUCUGGGGUCGUUUGGAAGUUCUCAGUGAGAUCGAUCGAUUUCGAAGCUCCCCCAUGGACGUCGAAUCCGCACCGAAGCCCGCGAAGCCGCCGGCACCUCCCAGGCGGAGCCACCGAUGCAGGAACGUCUGCAUUGCGCUGGUGGCGGUCCUCGCCCUCAUCGUGGUGCUGAUCGUGAUCCUGGCCUUCACCGUGUUCAAGGCGAAGCGCGCCGAGACCAAAGUGAGCUCGGCGAAGUUCAAGAACCUGCGGGUGUCGCUCAAAGGCGCCCCUGUCGGGUUUGACCUGAACGUGACCCUGGACAUCGAGGUCUCGGUGAAGAACCCCAACAAGGUCGGCUUCAAGUAUGAGAACAGCACUUGCUUGUUGAAUUACAGGGGAGAGCAAGUCGGGGAGGUCCCGAUCCCCGCGGGCGAGAUAGGGGCCGACCAGACGAAGCAGAUGAACCUGACGCUCACUGUGAUGGCGGACCGGUUCCUAUCGAAGUCGCAGGCGUACUUGGACUACCUGUCCAGGGUCUUGCCCAUCAGCACGUACACGAAUAUGUCUGGUAAGGUGACCUUCAUGGGAUUGUUUAAGGUCCAUGUGGUUUCCACAAGUUCCUGCGAUUUGAAUUUGUUUCUGUCCAAUAACACUGUGGGGAUUCAACAUUGUAGCUCUGACACCAAGUUGUAAUUGAUCGAUGUCUAUGUUGGUUGCUUCUAGGAUUUUAUGUUGCACACGGGUCUCUGUUUCUUUGGCCUCUUUUUCACUCUUUUUUCCGAGGGGAUAUUUUUUUGGGAUAGGUUAGUUAUGAGGGGUAUAGAGAUUUUGUGCUGAUUCUAGAUUCGAAUCAGUUGUUGUUUUGCAAUCCAUGUCUCCCUUGCCUCCGGGUAUAUCAAUUUCAUACAGGAUAUUUUGGCAUUAUCUGCAAUAUCGAAAGUUGCUAGAUUUAUCAGAUGUACUUGAAUGCAGACCUGCAGUUGCAUUUGCAAUGCACUGUUUUUGGC